AUGAAGCCUCGGGACAAGACUACAUUGGAUGGUGCGAGUAAUGGUUCUCUGAAAAAGUACAAGACCACGGAGGAAGCGUGGCAACUGAUCAGUGACCUAGCUAAGUUCGCUCAAAAUUACAGGCACUGGAACAACCAUCAGAGGUUUCCUCUAUGUUGGAGGGAUAAUUCCAACCAGGGAUGGAGGGACAACUACAACAGAGGAGGCAUAGACAACAAUAGAAAUGAUAGGUGGAACAACAACAACAACAGACAGCAGAACCAAAACCAGCCUUACAAAGCACCUCACCAAAGGCAGUCCCAGGUGUCUCAGAACAACCAGCAGCAGGCCCCUCAAAUCACUUACCCCCCUUCUUCUUCUAAUGAUGAGAUGCUUCGCACUGUGAUGCAAGGACACCAAGACAUUCAGAAUACAAUUAACUCCUCCAUAAAUGGUCUUACUUCCACAAUACAAGCUUUCAUCUCUCGGAUGGAUUCACUAAUUCCCUCCAACAAUCAACCUUCAAGUUCUAGUGCAAUUCCUUCUCAACCCUUACCCAACCCCAAAGAUGGCAUUAACGCCAUUACUUUGAGGUCCGGAACAAUACUGCUAGAGAGGAGUCAUGAGGAGCUAAGCUUCAAGGAAAACAUUCAAGUGGAAGAUAUUGUUGGGGCCGAGGAUGCUGAAGAAGAGGAGGAAGUACAAGACAUAGUUGAGGAAGAAGUGCCCCAAAAUGACUCAGGAAGACCGUCAUCCAUCUUGCUCGGAAGACCAUUCCUGAUGACCUCAAAGUUCAAGCUGGAUGCAUUCUCAGGAACCUAUUCUUUUGAGAUAGACGGCCGAGCAGUGUGCUUCAACCUGACUGAAGCUAUGAAGCAUCCUCCGGAAGACCAUUCCAUCUUCCAAUGUGACAUCAUUGAUGAGACCAUAGCUGCAGUUCACCAAGAAGACGUGGAAGAGAGGCACAAGGAGCAAGGUCCAAGUGUGGGGAAACCAUCUGAACACAAUAAGUACAUCUUGCCAUCAUCAAUGGCUCCAGAAGAUCUAGUGCCCAGUUCGGAGUAG